UGAAGCUCGGGUUUGAUUAAAAAUCAUCAUCAUAUCAUAUCUCUCCAUCGAAGGAGGGAGAGGUUUGCAAUCUGGAACGCACACUCGUGACCGUACAAAUUCGAACAAACGAGAAGAAGGUGAAUUAGGUUAGGUUUUCAUUCUGAUUCUGAUUCGAUCGAAAUCGUUGAAAUUCUCCCAAACCCUUCAAUUUCAGAACUGUAUGUAUGUAUGGUCGACGGUAGAACGACGAUGACGGUGCUGCCGCUGCUUGCUUUGUUUGUCGCGGCUCUGGUUCCGAUUCACGGAGGAGUGUUUGCCUCCACCGUCCCCGCGUUCCUUUGGUCAUCCCAUUAUAAUCUGGUUUCAGACAAUGGGUUGAAGGAAUCUGUAAAUUAUCAGGUCAUUUCUCCAAAAGAUCUUGCAAAGUCUGUUUCAUCUGAGGCAGGCUGGUCAAAUUUUCUGUGCAAAGGAAAUAAAUUUCAGGAGCCUCUCGAUUUGGCACUUCUAUUCAUUGGUGGAGAGUUGCAAUCUUCGGAUUUAAGUGUAUACGAGCAGGCAGACUCAGUUCUUCUAGACUUGCUCGAGAUAUCUUUUGCCAGAUCCAACACUUCCAUGGCGUUUCCCUAUGUUUCUGCAUCAGAGGAUGUGAGUUUGGAAGACUUGUUGGUUUCAGGAUUUACUGAAGCCUGCGGAGAUGAUUUAGGAAUUGGCAAUAUUGCCUCCCUAGGAUCUUGCUCCAGGGACAAUACAAAUCAUGAACAAACUGGAGCUUUACACUCGGUUCAAGACUAUUUGACCAAGAGGAAGGAAGAGAGUCACAGUGGGAAAACAGAUUUGGUUAUGUUCUGCAACGGACACUCUCAAGCUUUGAAAAAUGUUGACAGAACACAAUCUGAAGGUGAAGUUUUAUCUGAGCUUAUCAGAUCUGUGGAAGAAUCUGGGGCAAAGUAUGCAGUUCUCUAUGUAUCAGAUCCCUCGAGGUCAAUCAAGUAUCCUUCUUACAGAGAACUGCAAAGAUUUCUAGCAGAAAGUACAAAUGGAAAUGAGUCCUCCAAUGCCACGAUUUGCAAUCCAGUGUGCCAGCUUGCAUCAUCCCUUCUGGAGGGACUUAUAGUGGGAAUAGUUCUGUUAAUAAUUUUGAUAUCGGGCCUUUGCUGUAUGAUGGGAAUUGACACCCCAACAAGAUUUGAGACGCCACAAGAGUCAUGAUCCGUUUGUUGAAGGCUAAUAAUUGUGGUGUUACUUGGUCUACUGGAUUAAAAUGUUACUGUUCUAUUAUUUAUUAUUUUACGGAGGAGGCUUGGAUCAGUGUCCUGUAGUUGAAUUAUUUCAGGGACUUAUCAUAUUGGAUAUUAAAAUAAUUUGUACCAGUAUAUAAACAUAAAACAUAAAAUCUUAGGUUAAUUUUUAUUCUGGGAGUUGUAAAAUUUUAAGAAGCAAUUUCAGAAGAUUUUUGAGUGUUUUA